AUCACAUAAUUAUUCUAAAUGGUCCCUCACACACACACACACGCCAUAGCAGCUCUGCUCAUCACUCACUCAAGAGUCGAGCCUUAGCCCAACAUUCAACAUUACCAACUUCACACUGUGUGUGCUCACUAUCAAGCAUCCAUCCAUCACUCCCCUCUUACUGUGUGUGUCUGAGAGAGAGAGAGAGCAAGUUCUCUCUAUCUCUCUCUAUAUAUAUAUGUAUGUAUAUAUAUAUGAUGAUGUCUGGUCCUCGCCCUCACGCGUAGUUGCAGAGAUCAUUCACAUCAACAUAGAAACACAAAAGAAAUUCUCUCUUCCUUCUUUCUUUCACACCUUCCCAAUAUUUCUUGAAAUCCCUUAAUUUUCAUCCAUUCAUCAGCAACAAACCAAACAUCGAAUCCAUCUUCUUGUUUUCUGAGGUUGAUGAACACAACAGCCUUAAACCCUUGAUCAUCCUUUUGCUUAUGUAAUAAGCUGCUUGUUUUCUUCUCAACUAUGAAAUUUUGAUCUAUUCUGAAAAUAUCUUCGUCUUUUCUUCUUCCAUAACUUCCCUUUUCGCCACAAACCCCUUUUGCAGAUCCAUCUCGCUCAUUUCUCAUCCUUCCCCUCAAACCCUACUUCUCCAAUAUUAGGUAAACAAUAAAGCCAACCCAUUUCAAUAUCAAUUUCAAUCCCAGAAAUCAAUCUUUUCUUUGGUUUAGCCAUCAAGUUUGGAUCAUCGUCAAUUCUCCAACAAGCCCACAUCAGGAUAUUUCUCAAAGAUUUGAUUCUUCUUGUAAGAAAUGCAAGACCCGUCUCUGUAUUCACAGAUCAAAGCGCAAGUUCAGCAGCCGCUGCCACAAUUCCCGGAGCAGGAACACUUGAAAUGCCCCAGGUGUGAUUCCACAAACACCAAGUUUUGCUACUACAACAACUACAACCUCUCUCAGCCCCGCCACUUCUGCAAGAGCUGCAGAAGGUACUGGACCAAAGGCGGCGCUCUCAGGAACAUCCCCGUCGGCGGUGGCUCCAGGAAGAACGCCAAGCGCAGCUCCUCCUCCUCCGCCUCCUCUGCGGCCGCCAAACGCCCCGCUGCCGCGGCGCCAUCAGCUCCACCGUCGUCUAAUAAUAGCAAGAAUGAUGACAGUAGAAGCAAGAACGGUGAAACGGCCGAGACAUUGCCUCUCAAGGGAGAGAAUUUCGUGGGGCAGUUUGGGAAUUUGCUGGAGGCGGGUGGGAGCUUCAGCUCGCUGUUGGGGUCAAGUGGGGGGCAGUUCGGUAAUUUCCUUGAAGGGCUAGGGCCCAACGGGUCAAGCCUGCAGGUAACCGACCAUUUUGGGGACCCGGGUUCGGGUCAGAACGUGGAUCCACAAGUCUUGGAGAGUGGCAGUAGCAGUAAUGCUGAUGGAUUCCUGAACAUCCAGGGUGGUGGCAGCGGCGGCGACACCGGCUGUUGGAGCGGCGGCAGCACCGGAUGGCCUGAUCUUGCUAUUUACACACCGGGUCCAAAUUUUCAGUAGUAUAAAUUAAGGUAGGAAAAUCCAGUUCAAGAAUCAGGUGGGAAUCAAGAGAUCAUCACUCCAAGAAAUAUUUCCUCCUUUUUUUUUUUCCAAUUUUUUUGCCUCAGUUGUUACAGUGUUGUUGCGGAUUGGGAUGAAUCUAAUUACAGUAGUUGUAUGAAUAUUUGGUGAUUGAGUGUGUGUUUUUGCAGAAUUUGCCUGAGUGAAAACAUGGAAGAAAACAUCAUAUAAUGUAAUAUGUUAUGUUAGGCAGAUUGAUAUGAUUUUGUCUUGGAAAGGACAAGACACAUUUCUACUUUUCUCUUUCUCCCUUCA